AUGGUUAAAGUUCUCAUAAUUAAUGCAGUGAUAAAAGGAUAUCACGAGUUCAAGAUUAAGCCCCCGAUAGGAAUGAGUCUCAAGGUCACGAAAGAAUACGGGAACAAAUACGAUGAGCAUGCAUGUUUGGUUUGGAUUCCCGAGCUAGAGACGAUUCCACGGCACCUGUGGGACAUAGUUACAGAUGCGAAGCGCAACGAGACCAUACAAACAAUAGCAGGCCUUCCUAUAGGCCGUGUCCCAAGAGGUCUAUCGUCCUGCUUUUGGAAACUCUUGGAAUCUGACGAUAUUGAGUGCAUCAAAUGCGAGCAGACGGAUGUUCCUUGUCAAAGUUUCCCACCUUGGCCCCAGCCAAUGGGAUCGGGCGGAGGCGCAGUCAUUCCCUGUAACUAUCAUGUGCAAGUUAAGCAAGGCUGUGACGCAAGUGGAGUCUUGUCGAAAAUCAACGAUGCCAUACUGAAUAUGCCAGAAAGAAAUGUAUUACAAGUAAAGAUAGUUUAA